CAAAUGCCGGAAAAGAAGUCGAGAUCUGUGCCAAGGACACACAGGCGUGGAGUUCGCUGAGAAGUGCACUUGGCCUCACUCCUUUUUCGACACAAACUCUCUCUCCCUCCCUUUGAUGGAGAUCUAGGCUUUCGCUUGCGCCUUUCAAAUCGCAGAUCUAGGGUUUGUCAAAGCCCGAGAUUUAGCUUGUUUUCGCCGGAAAGGAGGUUUCCGGCCGAUUGCGGAAAUUUGGCCGGACUUUGCUGGUUUUAGGGUUUUUGGCCGGAUUUGGAAGGGACCUUAACCGAAUUUAUUUGAGGUGUGGUUCGUUUGUGCCGGAAUUUGGAGACAUUUGGUUAGAAUUUGAAGCGGUUUUUGCUGGAAAGGGUUAGGCGGAAAUGGGAUUCAUAUCAUUCGCAGGGAGAGUUUUGUUCUCUUCGAUUUUUAUACUUGCUGCUUGGCAAAGGUUCAAUGAAUUCGCUGAUGAUGGUGGACCUGCUGUAAAGCUAUUGGAACCCAAAUAUUCACUCGUAAAAAAUCACGUGACAUCUUCCCUUGGGUUUCAAGUGCCGGAAAUUGAGAUUAAGCAUUUGGUUGCCGCAGAAAUUGCUUUGAAGGGAAUUGGGGGCAUCCUCUUUAUCUUUGGAAGCUCUUUUGGUGCACAUCUUCUGGUAUUCAUGCUAAAUUCUCUGUUAAGUGCAUUUAUUGCCAAGAUGAGAAAGCAUUAUGAUUUGUUAUGUGGAUGCUGUAUAAUGUCUUAUAAUUUUUCUCUUUUUUCUUUCCCUUAUGGUUAAGUUCUUGUAUAUUUUUUAUUCCCCUUUCC